AUGCACAAAGACAUCAAGCUUUGGUGCAAAACAUGCCUAGACUGUCAGGCAUCCAAGAUAUCCCGACAUGUCAAAAACAACCCCGCACCUUUCGUUGCACAAGACGGCCGUUUUCAACAUGUCUACCUGGACCUUGUCGGCGAGCUCAAACCGUUAGAAAGCUUCAUCUACUGCCUGACAAUGAUCGAUCGAUUUUCGCGCUGGACGGAAGCGGUACCAAACCGCGACAAAUCGGCGCAAACAGUCAGCCGAGCCUUUUACGACCACUGGAUGUCCAGAUUCGGAGACCCCGAGGUAGUUACAACUGACCAAAGUUCAGAAUUCGAGGCACGGCUCAACAAAGCACUCCUUUCACUAAUCGGCUGUCGACGCAUCCGUACUACGGCCUGGCACUCCAAAGGGAAUGGCAUGAUCGAAUGUUGGCACCUCACCGUUAAAGCGGUCAUUAUGUGCCACAAUGACGAGAAUUGGGUCCGAACACGCUUGUCUAUUCUCCUCGGGCUGCGCAACCACGUCCGCGAAGAAACAGGUGCCUCCCCAGCAGAACACGUAUACGGCACCGUACUAUGCGUUCCCGGCGAAUUCUUCCUCGAAGGUGAAUUUACCCCCGAUCCGCAGAUAUUCCUCGAGGAGUUCCGCGAACACAUGCACAAUGUGAGACCGAUACCAGUCGCACAUAAGCACAAGUUCCGUGCGUUCUUUUUCAAAGACCUGCAUACUUGCACGCAUGCCUGGCUGCUCACCGCGGCAGUCAAGAAGCCCCUCGAACGCCCUUACACCGGUUCACAUAAAAUCCUUGAGCGCAUCAACGAUUUAAACUAUAAAAUUGAGGUGAAGGGCACUCCCAAGGUCGUGUCAACGGAGUUGCUGAAGCUGGCACACUACCUCGCCAAAUCCAAUAGUGCACCGACACUUGCGUCCUCACAGCGGACUACUGCCAACACCGUACUUCCCGCUAUCGAUUUGCACAUCACCCGCUCGUUGUUAGUGUAA